GGUGACAGCAGGAGCUACCUGCUGGUCCCAGCUCAGCUGCCGCUGUUGCUGCUGCUACUGGAGGGAAACCACAAGUAAAGGGGGAGACACUCAACGGCAAGCUGCAGCCAUGGCCAGCCAGCAGGACUCAGGCUUCUUUGAAAUCAGCAUCAAAUCCCUGCUGAAAUCGUGGAGCGGCACCUCGCCUGGGAACGGAUACAGUAAACCCCCCAUCCCUCCAGUCUGCUGUCCUCAGGGAGAGAAGGGCCCGCCAGCCAUGUUGCCCAUCAGCAUUGACCCGGAGAGCAAGCCGGGCGAGUACGUCCUCAAGAGCCUGUUCGCCAACUUCACCACCAUGUCAGAGCGCAAGAUCCGCUUCAUCAUGGCCGAGCCGCUGGAAAAGCCAUUAACAAAGUCAUUGCAGAGGGGAGAAGAUCCUCAGUUUGACCAACUGAUAAGCACCAUGAGCUCUCUGGCUGAGUACUGUCUCCCCUCCAUCCUGCGCACGUUGUUUGACUGGUACAAAAGACAAAAUGGACUAGAGGAGGAGUUGCACGAGUACCGGCCGAGAUCCAACACCAAGUCCAAAAACGAUGAGCAGCAGAGAGAUUAUCUACUUGAAAGGAGGGAUUUGGCCAUUGACUUCAUCUUCUCUCUUGUUCUUAUAGAAGUUUUGAAACAGAUGCCGCUCCACCCGGUACUCGACAGUUUGGUCAAUGAGGUCAUUAACUUGGCCUUCAAGCACUUUAGAUACAAGGAGGGGUAUAGUGGUCCUAACACUGGCAACAUGCACACUGUAGCAGACCUCUAUGCAGAAAUCAUAGGAGUAUUAGCCCAGUCCAAGUUUCCUGCUGUGAAGAAGAAGUUCAGGACUGAGUUAAAGGAGCUGCGGCAGAAGGAGCAGAGUCCUUAUGUAGUCCAGAGUACUAUUAGCCUCAUCAUGGGGGUCAAGUUCUUUAGAAUUAAGAUGUAUCCUGUCGAGGAUUUUGAAGCUUCUUUUCAGUUCAUGCAGGAGUGUGCUCAAUAUUUCCUGGAAGUCAAGGACAAGGACAUUAAGCACGCCUUGGCUGGCCUCUUCGUUGAAAUUUUGGUUCCUGUUGCAGCAGCCGUGAAGAAUGAGGUGAACGUACCCUGCUUGCGGAACUUUGUGGAUAGCUUGUACGACACAACCCUGGACUUGUCCUCCAGAAAGAAGCACUCGCUGGCGUUUUACCCGUUGGUGACUUGCCUGCUGUGUGUCAGCCAAAAGCAGUUCUUCCUCAACAGAUGGCAUGUCUUCCUCAACAACUGCCUCUCAAAUCUGAAGAGCAGAGACCCCAAGAUGGCUCGUGUUGCAUUGGAGUCCCUGUAUCGACUGUUGUGGGUCUACAUGAUCAGAAUCAAGUGUGAGAGCAACACUGCGACACAGGGCCGCCUCAACACCAUUAUAACAACACUUUUCCCCAAAGGCUCCCGCAGUGUGGUACCAAGAGACAUGCCUCUCAAUAUCUUUGUGAAAAUCAUCCAGUUCAUUGCACAGGAAAGGCUUGAUUUUGCCAUGAGAGAGAUUAUCUUUGACCUUCUUUGUGUUGGGAAACCCGCAAAAGCCUUUAGUCUUAACCCAGAGAGAAUGAAUAUUGGUCUUAGAGCAUUCCUGGUCAUAGCCGAUAAACUGCAGCAGAAGGACGGCGAGCCUCCCAUGCCUAACACUGGUUGCACUUUACCCUCUGGGAAUACACUCCGAGUCAAGAAGACAUACCUGAGCAAAACGCUGACGGAUGAGGAGGCCAAAGUCAUUGGGAUGUCACAGUAUUAUUUUCAUGUGCGGAAGGCUAUUGACAAUAUCCUAAGACACCUGGACAAAGAGGUGGGACGCUGCAUGAUGAUGACUAAUGCUCAAAUGUUGAACAAGGAGCCCGAGGACAUGAUCACAGGUGAAAGAAAGCCCAAGAUUGACUUGUUCAGGACGUGUGUCGCUGCCAUUCCUCGCAUCCUGCCUGACGGGAUGUCCAAGCCAGAGCUCAUAGACCUGCUUUCUCGAUUGACAAUCCACAUGGAUGACGAGCUGCGUCUCAUAGCCCAGAAUUCCUUGCAAAGUCUGCUGGUUGAUUUCUCUGACUGGCGUGACGACGUUCUGUUUGGAUUCACUAACUUCCUGUUACGUGAGGUCCAAGACACUCACCAGGGACUGUUGGAUACAUCCCUCAAAUUACUGCUGCAACUGCUCACACAGUGGAAACUAACCCUGGCUGCCCCAGGGAAGAGCUGCGACACCGCUAAAGUACACACAGCUGAGCUGCUGCAGUCCAGCUCAAGUGUCAAGAUACCUGCAGAGCGAGGCCCUCACUCCACUGUGCUGCAUGCAGUGGAGGGACUAGCACUCGUAUUUCUCUGCUCCUGUCAGCUGAGCACCCGCAGACUUGCCAUCGCCAUUCUGAAAGAGAUACGAAGUCUGUUUAUGACCAUCGGACAGUCUGAGGAUGAUGAUAAACCAAUGAUAGAGAUCAUGGACCAGCUCAGCCCUGUCAUCCUGGAGAGUUUUGUCAAUGUGGCAGUCUCCGACACAGCUGCCCUGCCAGCUGGCCACCACGUGGACCUUCAGUGGCUCGUGGAGUGGAACGCACUGCUUGUAAACAGCCAUUAUGACAUUAGGAGCCCCUCACACGUGUGGAUCUUUGCCCAGUCCGUGAAGGACCCCUGGGUGCUGUGUGUAUACAGCCUCCUUCGACAGGACAACCUGCCCAAGCACUGCUCCACAGCUCUCAGCUACGCCUGGCCCUACGCCUUCACUCGGAUGCAGAUGCUCAUGCCCCUCGUAGACCCAAAUAACCCAGUGUAUGCAAAGAAGACCAACAUGUCUGGCAGCGGGGAAAAUUACGUAACCCUGUGGAGAAACUACCUGAUCCUUUGCUUCGGGGUAGCCAAGCCCAGUAUCAUGAGCCCCGGCCAUUUGAGAGCCUCGACACCUGAGAUCACGACCGCCACGCCCGACAGCGGUGUCAGCUACGAUAACAAGGUUAUCGGGAGCCCAUCUGUGGCUUGGCUCCUGAAGCAGUUGGUUCCACUGAUGAGAGCAGAGAGCAUCGAGUUGACAGAGUCACUAGUUCUUGGCUUUGGUCGCACCAAUUCCCUUGUUUUCAGGGAACUUGUGGAAGAGCUACAUCCCCUAAUGAAAGAAGCGUUAGAAAGAAGACCUGAGAACAAGAAGAGGCGUGAACGACGAGACCUGCUGAGGCUGCAGCUGCUGCGGAUCUUUGAGCUGCUGGCUGAUGCAGGUGUCAUCAGUGACAGUACAAACGGAGCUCUGGAACGUGACACCCUCGCCCUGGGCGCUCUCUUCCUAGAGUAUGUGGAUCUAACCCGGAUGCUCCUGGAAGCUGAGAAUGACAAAGAUGCAGAGAUCCUCAAGGACAUCCGAGCUCACUUCAGCGCCAUGGUGGCCAACCUCAUCCAAUGUGUACCAGUGCACCACAGGCGCUUCCUGUUUCCACAGCAGAGCCUGCGGCAUCACCUUUUCAUCCUCUUCAGUCAGUGGGCCGGUCCUUUCAGCAUCAUGUUCACCCCUCUGGACCGCUACAGUGACAGGAAUCACCAGAUCACAAGAUAUCAAUAUUGUGCCCUCAAGGCCAUGUCUGCUGUGCUGUGCUGCGGGCCUGUGUUUGACAACGUUGGCCUCUCUCCAGACGGAUACCUCUACAAGUGGCUGGAUAAUAUACUCGCCUGUCAGGAUCAGCGGGUCCACCAGCUUGGCUGUGAAGUCGUCAUCCUUCUCUUGGAGCUCAAUGCCGACCAGGUCAACCUAUUCAACUGGGCUGUGGAUCGCUGCUACACAGGCUCCUACCAGCUCGCCUCAGGCUGCUUCAAAGCCAUUGCUACAGUCUGUGGCAGCAGAAACUAUCCAAGUGAUAUAGUAACACUGCUGAAUCUGGUCCUCUUCAAGGCAUCAGACACCAACAGGGAAAUCUAUGAGAUUUCAAUGCAGCUAAUGCAGAUUCUUGAAGCAAAGUUGUUUGUAUACUCUAAGAAGAUUGCAGAGCAGAAGCCAAACAGCAUCCUCUACGGCACCCACGGUCCACUGCCCCCUCUGUACAGUGUCUCCCUACCUCAGCUCUCCAGCCAGCUGGCCAGGAUGUACCCUGAACUCACGCUUCCUCUUUUCUCAGAGGUUAGCCAGAGGUUCCCCACCACUCAUCCCAAUGGGAGGCAGAUCAUGCUGACAUACCUCCUGCCCUGGCUCGGUAACAUUGAGCUGGUGGACAGCGGCCUGCUGAUCCCGGUCUUCACACCGUGCACCUCAGAUUAUAGCGCUUCAAUCCGGACAACCAGCACAGGUUCAUCCCACCAACUGAAGGGCACUGGCUGGGGCUCCUUACAGGCCACGUCUAUGGUUCUCAAUAACCUCAUGUUCAUGACUGCCAAGGUAAAGUUGUGUUGGGGAAAUCUGAGGAAAUGGGGCCUUGGUUAUCAGUUAUUGUGUAACAUGUCGCCUUUUUUUAACCCCUCUGUUCAGUAUGGAGAUGACCUACCUGGACCAGAGAUGGAAAACUCCUGGAAUGCUUUGGUCUGCAAUGAGAGGUGGAGCAACAAUCUGAGGACCGCGCUGCAGUUUCUCAUCAGCUUAUGCGGUGUCAGCAGUGAUACCACCCUCCUGCCAUAUAUCAAGAAGGUGGUGAUCUAUCUGUGCCGGAACAACACCAUGCAAACCAUGGAGGAGUUGAUAUUUGAGUUACAACAAACGGAUCCAGUCAACCCGGUGGUGCAGCACUGUGAUAGCCCUCCUUACUAUCGCUUCACUGCUACAAGCAAGGCCUCCACAGCAGCUUCAGGCACCACUUCAAGUAGCAAUACUGUUGUUGCAGGCCAAGAGAGCUUUCCUGACACAGAUGAUACCAAGACUGUAAAGGAGUAUGAGGAGAGGCUGAGCCACUUAAUGAGAGCCCACAACCGCCUGGAAUCACGCUACAGCAACAGCUCAGGAGGAUCUUACGACGAAGAUAAGAGUGAACCUCUGCCCCCCUAUGCUGAUUGGCUGAUGGUUGUCAUUGAGUCCAAUCAGCCCCAUCCUCUGCCCAUGCCUCUGAAUGGAGGCUGUUGGGCUCCACUGGUGGACUUCUUGCCAGAGACCAUCACUCCCAGGGGACCACUGCACAGGUGUAAUAUAGCAGUCAUCUUCAUGACAGAGAUGGUGGUAGACCACAGUGUGAGGGAGGACUGGGCCAUGCACUUGCCUUUGCUGCUACAUGCCUUGUUUUUGGGUAUGGAUCACUACCGUACAGAGGUGUUUGAGCACAGCAAACGUCUACUCCUCCACCUGCUCAUCACGUUGUCCUGUAACAACAACUUCCAGACCAUCGCCUCAGUUUUACUGCAGGCACGUGAGAUCAACGGCGCCAAGACCCUCACCUGCAAACCAAGUCUCCAGCCGGAGUGUUUACCUUCAGGAGGAUGUUUUGACUUCCUGCGGGAGUGUCAAGCGUCUCCUGUGCCAGACUCUGGUCUGAGUUCUUCUUCUACCUCGUCCAGUUUGAGUCUGGGAGGCAGCAGCAACAACCUGCCGGAGAUCUCACAUGAGGUGGAGGAGCUGGUGACUUCCAAUAAAAUGGAUGAGAAGGCUAACAAGCUCAUUGAGUUUUUAACCACAAGAGCAUAUGGACCACUGUGGUGCCAUGAGGACAUUUCAGCAAAGAACUACGUUUCAAAAAGCACUGGGCAGCUGACAAACUUUCUGCGACAUGUGGUUUCUGUGUUCAAAGAGUCCAAGUCAGAUUUCCACCUGGAGCAGCAGCUCAGUGACGUGGCGCUGCAGACGGCCCUGUGUAGUUCAUCGCGCCACUACGCUGGCCGUUCCUUCCAGGUGUUUCGGGCCCUCCGGCAGCCCAUUUCUGCCCACGCUGUCUCCGACCUGCUCUCACGGCUGGUGGAAGUCGUGGGAGAGCAUGGAGAAGAGGUGCAGGGCUAUGUGAUGGAGGUAUUACUUACACUGGAAUCUGUGGUGGAUAACUUGGCUGAAUGUCUCAAGAACAAUGAUCUCAUGGCCAUCUUGACGAGAGCCUCGUCUCCAGAUUUCCUCACCAGCCUCAAGCUGCUGUCCAACAGGAAGAGCACAGGGCAGCUCAAUCUAAGAAGGGAAGAGAGGAGCCGACAUCAGAGGAGCUCCUCUGUCCCCAAGAAGUUUGGCGAGGCGGACAGGUGGUCUGAUCCACCUCGCAGCGCUACGCUGGACCGCAUCCAAGCCUGUGAACAGCAGGAUUUGUUAGCCAAGACCCGCAGCUCGUCCUUAUCGAAAGACAACAUAAACGACCCAACCAACAUCAACCACCCCAGCAACCUGCUGGCCACCAUCUUCUGGGUGGCAGUGUCACUGAUGGAGUCGGACUUCGAGUUUGAGUAUCAGAUGUCCUUGAGACUGCUGAAUAAGCUACUGGGCCACAUGUCGCUAGACAAACAGGAGAACAGGGAGAAGCUGGAGAAGCUGCAGAGCCAACUUCAAUGGAGCAGCUUCACUGGGCUCCAGCAGCUGCUGCUGAAGGGCUUCACCUCGACGUCUACCACUGACCUCACGCUCCAGCUCCUCUGCCAACUCACACCUGUGUCACGAGUGCCUGUGGUGGACACGUCACAAGCCAUAGGUUUUCAUUUGAAUGUUCUCUGCCUGCUCCCACAUCUGGUGCAGAACUUUGAUGGGCCCACACAGUUCUGUCAAGAUGUUGCAGAGAAGAUAGCCCAGGUAUGCCUCGAGGAGAAGAACGCUAAGCUCUCCAACCUUGCUCACGUGAUGACUCUGUAUAAAACGCACUCCUACACACGAGACUGCUUCUCCUGGGUGAACGUGGUGUGUCGGUAUCUUCACGAGGCUUUCUCGGAUAUCACCCUCAACCUGGUCACUUACAUGGCAGAGCUGUUGGAGAAGGGUCUCCCCAGUAUGCAGCAGACUCUUUUACAAAUCAUCUACAGCCUCCUCAGUCACAUGGACCUGAGUGGAAUUCAAGCCAAACCGUUCAACAUGGAGGUUCUCAAGACAAUUGAGAAAUUUGUCCAGACUGUCCAUUGGGGGGAAGCAUUGAAUAUCCUGAAGCUGGUGGUGUCUCGAUCAGCCAGUUUGGUGCAGCCUUCUUCCCCACAAAGUGUCCUCUCCUAUGAGGACAUCAGCCGCGUAUGGGACCGCUCCUCCAAGGCUUUGCCUGGGAAAACGCUGGAUUUCCACUUUGACAUAUCUGAGACGCCGGUGAUUGGUCGGCGUUUUGACGACCUGCAGCGUUCUCCAGGCCAAGAUGCGAAGAGCAGGACCACAGCAGUGACCCGCAGCACCUCCUCCACCUCCUCUGGAUCCACUUCCAACAACGUCCUGGUGCCAGUCAGCUGGAAGAGGCCUCAGUCUUCACAGAAAAGAACAAGGGAAAAACUGGUGAAUGUAUUGUCUCUGUGUGGACAAGAAGUGGGGCUCACAAAAAAUCCUUCGGUGAUCUUUUCCAGUUGUGGGGAGCUGGACCUCAUGGAGCACCAGCCCAGCCUGGUGUCCUCCGAUGAUGGGACCCGGGAGCCAGACAACAUGGACGACACCACCUCAGAGCAGCAGUUUAGAGUCUUUAGAGACUUUGACUUCCUGGACGUGGAGCUUGAAGAUGGAGAGGGAGAGACUAUGGACAACUUUAACUGGGGUGCGCGUAGACGCUCCAUGGACAGUCUGGACCGGAGUGACCUGCAGCCCCUGGAGGAGAGUCAGCUGUCCAGCAGCAUGCCCAGCCUCAGCAAGAUCACCCAUGAAGACUCAGACGAGUCGUCUGAGGAAGAUUCCCUCAUUGCCAGCCAGAUACUCUCCCACUCACAGCUCAUGGUCAGCCUCUCUCCAACAACAGAGAUCAGUAACAGGGACUCUCCCUCUGCCUUUUUUGAUACAACCUCGGCUGAUUCAACUCCCCUGAACAGCAAAAAUCCUAGUUUCGAUGUCCAACUGCCAGAGGACUCGAAGCAGCGGCAUGAGGUGUCACAGGAGGAUGAAGACACCAACUUCAACGAGGGCGACCUCUCUUUCUCCAUCAGUGAUCUACCCCUUGAAUUUCACUGUGGAGACAGUUUGACAAUUGACAUGGUUCACAUUGAUUACAAAGGAGAACUUGACCUUGACAGCUGCCAGCCGAGUCUCGCCGAGGAAGAGAGAGACGACAUGCUGGAGUCCCGAUCUUCACCGCCCCCGUCACCCUUCUUCUCUGCCAUCCUCGCGGCUUUUCAACCAGCGGUGUGCGACGAUGCAGAGGAGGCUUGGCGAAGUCACAUCAACCAGCUUGUGUCUGACUCAGAUGGAUCCUGUGCAGUCUACACUUUUCAUGUGUUUUCUUCACUGUUCCAGAAUAUCCAGACCAAAUUUUGUUCCUUGACUUGUGACGCUGUGAGUUACCUCGGCGAUGGCAUGAGAGGAUUAGGAUCAAAGCUUUUGAGGUCUUCUCAGAUGCUGACAUCAUGCUCAGAGUGCCCAACACUGUUUAUUGAUGCAGACACAAUUAUGUCUUAUGGAUUCCUGGAAAAAAUGAAAUUCAGCGUGUUGGAACUUCAAGAGUAUCUUGAUACUUACAACAACAGAAAAGAUGCAGCUCUCAGUUGGUUGAACAACUGUAAGGCCACCUUUCCCAGGAGUGCUGAGGGCAGUGUGAUUACAAGUCAACCAGCGGAGCAUGAGGACAAGCAACUGGAGCUCUGUCAAAGACUCUACAAACUCCACUUUCAGCUGUUGCUGCUUUUUCAGUCCUACUGUAAGCUGAUUGAACAAGUCAAUGCAAUAAGCUCUAUUCCUGAGCUGACAAAUAUGUCCAGAGAGCUAAACGAGCUGAAGAGAAACCUGAGAGUAGCAGCAGCCUCUGUGACGAAUGAUGAGAUUGCUGCGUGUGAGAGCUCCUGCUCUGAGCCCACCUUCAGCUCAUCCGAGGCUGCUGUGCAGGCCAUCCUCGAGUGUCUGAAGAAUAACGAGUUUCUGACGGCCAUCCGCUGCAUUCGUGAGUGCAGAACAACAUGGCCUAAAGACAUCUUCGGCAGCCACUCUGAGGAUGAGGUCCAGACUCUACUCAACAUCUACUUCAGACAUCAAACGUUGGGUCAGACGGGAACUUUUGCUCUGGUGGGCUCAACACUGGACCUGACAGAAAUAUCUGUCAAGUUGAUGGAACUUAACGGAGAGAUCCGGGACAUGAUCCGACGAGCCCAAGGCUACCAAGCCAUCACAGCUUUCCUCCCAGACUCCAGAGUUUCAGGCUCGACUCUUUGAUGGCGGUCUGGCAGCGCAUAACACCCGAUCCUGCACAGCUCCCUGUCCCAUGCCUAGCCUCUGGUCCAGUCUGGGGCUGCUGCUAUUGUCUCAGUGGUUAACAUGCACUCUGCUCUCACCUGGGAAUAAAAACCAAACCCCCUUUCCUUUUCCUGCUCAGAGCACUUCAGAAUGUCAUAAAGUCAGGUCAUUAGAUGUGCAGCAAUACUGUUGUUUAUUUUUAGAAAGAUGAGAGACUUUGCUGUUUUAGAGAAACUUAGGCUUUUAUUGCACUAAUAAUAGAAAUCUCACAAACCGACAUUUGCUACUGAGGUCAAUGACUUUCACAUUUAACAAAUGACAUACCAAAGCUAAGUGAUUCUCUUUCAGUUAUUUUGUUUUAAUUGUCAAGGGAAAAUGUGCAAUCCAACACAGAUGUGGAAGAAUUUUACUGUAUCCUGAAAGAAUGUAUUUGAAUAUCAUAGCAUUGGAAAACAUGAACAUUGUUAGUACAAAAAAAGGGAGGCUUCAUUACUUGGUGAAAGUAGUGGGUCUUUUGUGUGCGUGUGUGUUUGUGUGUGCUUGUGGUGUGUGUGGGUGCUUGAGUGUGUGAUAUAAACCUGACAACCAUCACGGAUGGAAUAAUGGAUACUGAUUUACAGAAAUUGUUUGCAUUAAACUACUUCGACAUGCUGCAAAACUACUGUACCGGCUCCCAAACCUACACUACAUGCUGCUUUGUGGGCUGUCUGUUACUUAAAACAUCUUACUGUACCUUUUAACUGUGCAGCUUUUAGCAAUUAUGGUAAAUUAUGUAAUAUUAUUUGCAAUAGAAAAACUUGCAUUUAUCAGGCUAGAUUUAUAGAAAAUCUUUAAACCUUGCAAAUUCUAUGUACUAUAGAGGGUAAUAGUAAUGUUUAUGAACAAAUACAGAAACUAUUUUAACGGAAUAAUUGUACAUAGUGCAAUGGGGGCUUUGCUCAGACUCAUAAGAUUGUAUUUUUAUGAACUUACAAUUUGAGCUGCAUGUAGAGGGAAAGAUAUGGCUAUUUAUAAAGAUUCCACAAGAACUGAUUGUGUAGCUUCUCGCCUUGUAAAUACUACUGCCUUUGCAAUGUACUGUUCUUUGGUGUUAUGUACACUUAUGUAACAGUAAAAAUAAA